AUGUUGUUACGGCGUGUUCCUGACUCCACUGUAUCUGCUAAAGCAACUGUCCCAGUGAAUGAUAGUGUCUACCAAAUCAUAUUCGAUAACAGCAGCACUCAUCACAUCGUCACCGAGGAACAUCUGCCUAUUGGUACGGGCGGUUCAACCGAGGUUGUCCGGUUGAUCGUCCGCGACCCCAGACGGCGAGCACCCCAAUCACCACCAUCAGCAUUCAGUCCAACUAUUCUCUCCCUCCAUUAUAUGGCAGUGCACUUCCCCACUCGAUUGACGUCUACACACACAUUGCACUCUAUCGAUUGUCUUCAAGGACGCCAUCCGAAGCGACACACCACACUCACGUGA